AUGGCGGACGACGACGUGGAUGCCGCGAAGGACGCUAGUCUACAGAGUGGCCUGUAUGUCGCCGACCUCCUCACCCCCAUCCAAGACACCAGUCAGCGGAGACUAAAGAGGGUCAAACCAAGAGCCAUCGUGUUUGACGAGGCGUAUGUGGAGGGUCUGAGAAAGGAACCAGAUGAGAAAAAGGAACGGGAGGCAAGAGAAAAGAUGAAGAAAAAAGAAGAUAGCGAAGAGAAAAAGCGGAAGAAGAUUGAAGAAAUGAAAAAGAAGCGAAAAGAAAGACUACAAAAGAAACAGCAGCGGGAAAAGAAACAGCAGCGGGAAUUCCGGAAAAGAAACAGCAGCGGGAAAAGAAACGGCAGCGGGAAUUCCGGAAAAGAAACAGCAGCGGGAAAAGAAACAGCAGCGGGAAAAGAAACAGCAGCGGCAAAACCAACCGCUGGAACACCAUUGUCGAGCGUCGGUCCAGACACAUUCCGACCCCGCCGUGUGUCAAAGCAGCCGCUGUGGAUGCUGGAUUUCACAACAGAGGAUGAUGACUGA